AUGGGCGGUGGUUCCGCGUGCGCAAGCGGCCUCGAGUCCAUGCAGCCGGGGCAGAAGCGGCCAGCCAAGCUCUUUCACAAAAAGUCGAGGACAGGCUGCCAGCGAUGCAGAGCGCGCCGCGUCAAGUGCGACGAAGCGAAACCCAUAUGCUCAAACUGCACCCGCCUCCAUCUGACCUGCCUCUACGACCGCGUCAAACCAGCUGACCAUGCUCCCCCUCCUCCUCUUUCAUCACCGUCGUCGUCGUCGUCCCCGUCCGCAGCGGCCAAGGAGACCGCAGACCCAGGGAGCGCCGCGGACCCUCCCGAGUCCGAAGCCCGGCGCAGGCUCGAACUCUCCCUCUUCUACCAGUACCUGUCGGAGACGGGCCCGUCCAUCGCCAUAGACGAGGCCUCGCUCCCGCUCUGGGCAGACAAGGUGCCCCAGCUGGCCCUAGGGUGCAACGCGCUACUGUACUCGCUGUUCCUCGUGGCGGCGCUGCACCGGGCCAAAAAGUCCAACGGCGCCGGCGCCGAGUCCGGGUCCGGGUCCGGGUCCGGGUCCCUCGACCAUCACGCCAGCGCCUACCUCGACAUGGCGGUGCGCGAGCUCGGCCGCGAGAUCGAGCACCUCUCGCCGGCCAACGUCGACGCCGUGUGCCUCGCCGCCAGCGUCCUCCGCAUCUACACCUUUGUCCGCCUCCAGGAGCGCGAGCUGGGCGAGGGCGAGGGCGAGGGGGCGCCCUACGCGCCGCCCACGUCGUGGCUGCGCAUGACGGGCACCAGCGCCGCCGUCUUCCGCCGGUCCGCCACCAUCACCGCCAUGGACCCGGGCUCCGUCGGCAUGCAGAUGGUCGGCCUGGUGGCGGACCUCCUCCGCGAGGGCGAGCCGCGCCCGCUCGAGGGGCCGCUCGCCCAUCUCCUGCGCCGCCAGCUCGCCCACGAGCUCGAGGAGCCCUGGGAUGCUGCCGUCCGCGACGCCUACCUCUCCGCGCUCAACUGCGUCGCCGCCGUCUGGGCCGCCAUGCUGGACCGCCGGCCCCCCGGCAGCGUCGCCCGUCGCCUCGUCGUCUUCCCGCUGCUCGUCGACGCCCGCUUCGUCGACAUGGUCGACGAGAAGAGGCCGCGCGCCCUCGUCGUCAUGGCCCACUACUUUGCGCUCCUGGCCAUGCUGCGAGGCUUCUGGUGGGUGGGCGAUGCCGGUCCCAGGGAGGUGAAGGCUAUUGCGAAGCACUUGCCCGCCGAGUGGCAGGCCUGGUUGCGGUGGCCCUUGGAGAUUCUCAAAGAUCAGAUCGUCUUUACCCAUGAUAUCGAGGUCGAUAGGCUGUCAGAGUACGCCGCCGGGCUAAGCCUGCACAUUUGA